UGCAAAUAACCUGAUGGACAGAAUGCUGCUACACAUUAAAUAGACAGAUGACAUCAGAGCAGACGUGAGAAUCUGCGAUCAGGAACAUUUAUCUUUGCAGAGGGAGUCGUUCUGUUCGUCACUAUUGGAUUGAUAUUCGUUAGUGCUGGCUGUUCAGGUGGACAUUUUCUGUGGAUAAUUCAAAUUACAGAGGGGGACUAAAAUCUAUAUAAAGGACAAAAUGGGGGAUUUCUGGUCUAAAGAAUCACCUCCAUCUGAACAAUUGAUGGAAACUGGCUGGUGUGAAAUCAACUGGGGGACACUUCAAAACAAUGAGAUGAAGAAGAAUCUGAGGAAACUUCAACUUAAGAAUCCUGCUGUUCAGCAUCUCCACAUCCUUGUGAUUGGCCCUGUUAGAGCUGGAAAGUCCAGCUUCAUCCAGUCUGUAAACAGCGUCUUCAAGAACAGGAUGGUCAAUGCUGCUUGCACAGUGGCAGCUGGUGGCAAAAGCUUUACUAAGACAUAUACAACAAAUCCAUUUGAGGAUGAAGGAAGGAAUCUGCCAUUUGUCAUCAGUGAUGUCAUGGGUUUGGAAAAAGGAAGGGAUUCUGGAGUGCAGCCUCGUGACAUCAUCAGCGCUUUGAAAGGUCGCAUCAAAGAGGGCUACACGUUUAAUCCUGUAAAGCCAUGCUCAGAAGAAGACACAGGAUACAACAGCCGCCCAACUGUAAAUGACAUGGUUCACUGCUUGGUGUUCGUCAUUCCAGUUAGUGGCUGUAUGGACAAUGAUCUUAUCAGGAGGAUGCAAAACAUUAGACAAAUAGCUUGUGAUUUGGGGAUCCCUCAGGUGGUCAUCUUGACAAAAGUGGACCUGGCUUGUCCUCAUGUGAAGGAGGAUAUCAAACUUGUUUACAAGAGCCAGACCAUCUAUCAAAAGAUGCAAGCAUGUAGCGAUGCCUUUGGAGUCCCCAUGAGCUGCAUCUUCCCAGUGAAGAACUACCAUGACGAGAAGCAGCUGAACCUUGAUAUGGAUUCAGUGCUUCUGUUCACACUGACACAGAUCCUGAACUAUGCCAAUGACUUUGUGGCAUAGGCGAUUCUAGUUUUUUUUUUUUUCAGGGGUGCUCAAGCUAUUUUUGAAUUGAGACC